UCCGCUGUUAUUGACUUAACCGUACCAGUUUCGUAUUCAGGAGAGUUCGUCGUCCUUUCCUCAACAUCCAACAUCCGACAUCCUAUUCAGAAUUCUUCUCUUUAAAACAGAGGAGCGGGAAGUUGGUGAUAGAUCUCAGGAAACCAUUCAUUAACCAGGAGCCCACUACAGACUUCAUCUUCAUUCUUAGCUAUCAUUGUUGUUCCUGCCGAUUUAAUUUCGAUAACAAUAAUCUUGAUUAGAGAUGUUGCGGCACAACUUCGAAGCGCUUAGAAGCCUGCAUGACUCUGCUAAUGAUUUGCUUCAAUCGCCCGUUACCCAACAAGCACUAGUCCACCAUCGAGACGAGAAAUGGAUUCACGAGGUCACUGAAGGAUCUCUAAGAAUGUUGGACGUGUGUAGCAUCACAAGGGAUGUCUUGUUGCUGGUGAAGGAACACCUGCAAGAUCUUCAUUCUACUCUGCGGAGAAGGAGCGCCAGAGAACCAGAUUUGGAUGAUAAAAUCGGGGCUUACAACUUCUGCAGAAAGAAGAUGAAGAAGGAGAUGAUCAAGUGUCUACAAGCAUUGAAGAAGAUGAACAAAUGUGGGUCAUUGCCACUCUCGGAAAUGGACCAGAAUCUCGUGGCGGUUGUCGGCAUAUUAAGACAAGUACGAGUGACCACCAUCUCUAUCGUGGAGUCCAUCUUAUCCUUCAUGUCCAGAUCAAAUAGAAAUUCCUUCAUUCCGAGGUGUCUUCGGGCGAGACGAGUAGGCAGUGCAGUAGUGGAAGAGAAUGAGGUGGAGAGGGUGAAUACAGCUCUGUGUGCCCUUCAUGGGAACACUUGGCGUGAUGAAAAGACGGACGCUAUUGGGGUUCAGACUGCAAAUAAACGAUUGGAGGCAUUGGAGCUUGCUAUUGAAGACCUAGAAUUUGAAUUAGAGUGCAUGUUCAGACGAUUAAUACGAACCAGAGUCUCACUUCUCAACAUACUCAGUAACUAAGGACUGGGAUUUGGUCUACAUAUCCAUUAGACCUCCCACAGGCAGUCACCCGGCCCAUUAUUAAUAUUUAAUUAAACUUUUAACAUAGAAACAGAUGUAACGAGUCACUGAUUAAUUCUUGAUUAAUAUCGACAGUUUCAACCGUUAACAAUCCUGUAAUUCUUUUUAUUUUUAUUGCGCG